CGAGUAUACUGCAGCAACAAGGGCGGGGGGAAUAGAAAGAUGGAGGCCAAACGGGGCCGCCACGCCUCGCGGGUGGGCACGGCGUGCGUCGCCUGCCGCGCAUCGAAGCUGCGGUGCGACGGCCGGCGGCCGACGUGCGAUCGCUGCCGCAAGUCGCAGUCGGCCUGCGUCUGGAACGACGUCGAUCGGCGGCGGCGAGCGGGACACGGCGACGAGGGUACUGUGGGCGAGAAGAAGAGGAAGCGGGCAAGGAGAGGAGCUCGUAGCGACCCUGCGUCCUCGUCGCUCGAUGUCCUGGCCGAUGCAGCAGCCAGCGGGCGCUCCUCGCCGUCGGCGUCGGCGUCGCCCAUGGUGGGCGAGGACGUGCAUCCCGCGACAGCAGCCCCGAGCAGCGUACCGAUGCGAGCGUCGGCAUCGGCAUCGGCGCCAGGCCAGCGACAGGGCCAGGAGCAGUCGCCGCGCAGGACAAUGUGGUGGGAGCAGCUGCUCGAUCUCUCGACCUACGGCAUCGAGGCGGGCCAGGUGAGCCAGGAGAUGCUCGACACCCUCGCUGGCCGCGUGGCCUGGAUCGACGGCAGCCACGACAGUGCCGGUGCCGACGCCGACGCCGAUGCCGACGCCGACGCCGAUGCCGACGCCGAUGCUAGACAAGUAGAGCAGCACCAGAGGCUGCAAGAGCAGCAACGGCAGCAUGAGCAUGAACAGCAGCAGCAUUCGCGACAACGAGAGCAAGAACAGGAAAAGGAGCGGCGGGUCGUGCGGGUGCAGUACUUUCGCCUCCUCGGACCCACGGGCAUCUCGCCGGGCAUCAAAAAGGUGACGGUGGAGCUGCGCCUGACGCCGACGGUCCGCAAGGUCCUCUUUGACGGGGCGAGCCAGCCGCAGCGGCGGGUCGACUGGGAGCGCCUGCUCGAGUCGUCGACACCGCAACCCAGCGAGACGGCUGCUGAAGAAGCGGGCGAGGAAGAGGGCGAGCGGCGCGAUCCAAGCCUCCUCUUUGACGGCGACCUGCCCGCCCAGGCACUCCUCGACGAGCUCGUGCCCAUCUUCUUUGACCGGCUCGGCGACCACUAUCCCUGCCUCGACCGCGCCGGCUUCGAUGCCUGCCUGGCCGCGGGCGGCGCUGGCCUGGCGAUGCUGGUGAAUGUCGUCUGCGCCCUCGCCGCGCGCUACUCGACCAGCCCCCUGCUCGUCGGUGGGGCGGCCCACACGUACGGGCGUGUGUUUGCCGACAAGGCAAAGACCUUUCUCGCCACGUCGCUCUCUGUCCCCAGCCGGACGACGUGCCUGGCGUUUGCCAUGAUGGCCUGGCACGAGUUCUCGUGCAACCUCGACAGCGCCUUCUGGAACUACGCCGGCAUGUCGCUCCGCAUGGCCAUCGACCUCGGCCUGCACCGCCGCCGGCCUGGCUCUAGCAGCAGCAGCGGCGGCGGCAGCGGCGGCGGCAGUGACGGCGCAGCAGCAGAAAGAGGCAUGAUCGACGACGGACUCCUCUUCUGGACCGUGUACCAGAUGGACCGCGUGCUGGCCAUGGGCACGGGCCGGCCGAUGAGCAUCAAGGACGACGAGAUUACCUGCCCGCUGCCCGACAGGACCCGCUCGACGCGCGCAUUCGACCACCACAUCGUCCAUGUGCGCAUCGGAGGCAAGGUCGCCGAGGCGCUGAAUGCCGUCCUGGAGCAGGACCGCGCGCUGCUGCUCGACCGCCUCGAGGAGGAGCUCAUCCAGUCGUACGAGUCGAUGCCCGCACACCUCGAGCUGACGCCGACCAACUUCAAGCUGGCCGACGACAAGCACGUCUUUCUCGAGCUCCACCUCUGGUUCCACUGCCUCGUCUUUCUCCUCAACCGGCCGCCGAUCGUCGACCGUCGUCGCCACCGCCGUGCUGCUGGUGGUGUCCCCGACGCCUCGUUCGACAUGGUGCGCAUGGCCGUCGAGCGCUGCAAGGACAUUGUCGCCCUCGACGAGGCCCACGACGGCCAGUUUCUCACGUGCGCACCCAUGGCCAACCAGACGCUCUUUCUCGCCGGCUGUGCCGAGCUCGACGAGCUGAAGCGGCAGCAGGCUCCUUCCUCCUCAGCGACAGCGGCGGCGGCGGCGGGGGCGGGGGCAUCCGGCCAGCAGCAGCAGCAGCGGGCGCCGGUGGGUAAGCAGCACCUCACCCGCACCGCCCUGCGCGGCUUUCGCACCUUUGCCGCCGCCCUCGAGCGCAUGAGCGUCUACUGGGACGGCAUCCGCUGGAUCCACGGCGUGCUCACCCAGCGCCAGAUGGGCAUCGACGACGACGACCUCGUCGAGCUGGCCGUGGGCACCGAUGCACUCGUCACGCGGCGCGAGAUGCGCCUCCUCCAGCGCCUCCACGCCUCCUCGUCGACGACGACGGCGGCGGCCGUGACACCACGGCACCACCGAGCAUCGGCACCACAGAUGCCACUGCCGCCGUCGCCACUCACUGCGCUGCCACUGCUGCCGCCUGCUCCCUCCUCCUCGUCGCCACCACUGCCGCCCCAGGUCAGCAUCUCCGAGGUCGAGUCGCUGGCAGAGCUCGAGUCGCUGUUUCCUCAGCUCUUUCCACCACCGGCGGCAUGAUUUCAUUCACGCUGUGUCGUUUGCGCAGUCACUUCUCAUCAAG